UCCAACAAGGGGCUGAUGGCAGGUGCAGAGAAAAUGGUUGAAUGCCUUCUCAGAUCAGACAAGGAGAACUGGCCGAAAACUUUGAAACUUGCAUUGGAGAAAGAAGAGAGCAAGUUCAGUGAACUGUGGAUGGUAGAGAAAGGUGCAAAAGAUGUCAAAAUGAAAGAUUUUGAGGAUGAUGAAAUGAAAACUUUGGAUGUACAGGUUUUCUACUGGGAAGAACCAGAAAACCAGAAUCUUAAUUCAUGCCCUUCUUCAGAAGUGCCUCAUACUUACAGCCCAUUGAAGCCAAGAAAUUACCAACUAGAGCUUGCUUUACCUGCUCAGAAAGGAAAAAACACAAUAAUGUGUGCUCCUACUGGUUGUGGAAAAACUUUUGUUUCACUUCUUAUAUGUGAACAUCAUCUUAAAAAAUUUCCACAAGGACAAAAGGGGAAAGCUGUCUUUUUUGCUAUGCAACUCUCAGUGUAUAGGCAGCAGAAAUCUGUGUUCUCAAAGUAUUUUGGAAGACUUGGGUACAAAGUUGUAGAUUCUGGAGUAACAUGUGACAAUGUCUCAGUGGAACAGACUGUUGAGAACAAUGGCAUCGUCAUUUUAACUCCACAGAUUCUUGUGAACAACCUUAAAAAUGGGACUAUUCCAUCACUCUCUGUCUUGAUGAUAUUUGAUGAAUGCCACAACACUAGUAAACAUCAUCCUUAUAAUAUGAUCAUGUUUAAUUGUCUAGAUCAGAAAUUUGGAGGGUCUUCAGACUCACUGCCCCAGGUCAUUGGGCUGACUGCCUCGGUUGGCACUGGGGAUGCCAGAAAUACAGCUGAAGCCACAGAAUAUAUCUGCAAAUUGUGUGCUUCUCUCGACACAUCAGUGGUAGACAAAGACAACUUGGAGGAACUGGAGGAGAUUGUUUAUAAGCCCAAGAAGUUUUUCAGGAAAGUGGAAUCACGGACCACCAACAGAUUUAAAUGCAACAUAUCUCAGUUGAUGAUAGAGACAGAGUCUGUAAACAAGCGUAUAUGUACACAGACAGAAAACUUAUCUCAAAUUCAAAAUAGGAAUUUUGGAACACAGAGAUAUGAACAGUGGAUUAUCACAGUUCAGAAAGCAUGCAUGGUGUUUCACAUGCAAGAUGAAGAAAGCAGGAUUUGUAAAGCACCGUUUUUCUACACAUCGCAUUUGUGGAGAUACAAUGAUGCCCUCAUUAUCAAUGAGCAUGCUCGAAUGAAAGAUGCUCUGGAUUACUUAAAAGACUUCUUCAGAAAUGUCCAAGCAGAAGGAUUUGAUGAGAUUGAGCAAGCGCUCACUCAGAGAUUUGAAGAGAAGCUGCAGGAACUAGAAUGUAUUUCCAUGGAUCCCAGCAAUGAGAACCCUAAACUCAAAGAUCUCUGCUUCAUCUUGCAAGAAGAGUACCACUUAAGCCCAGAGACCAGAAUCAUCCUCUUUGUGAAAACCAGAGCACUCAUGGAUUCUUUAAAGAAAUGGCUUGAAGAAAAUCCUAAGCUCAGCUUUCUCAAACCUGGCAUAUUGACUGGACGUGGCAGAACAAAUCAGAAAAUAGGAAUGACCCUCCCAGUACAGAAGUGUGUAUUGGAUGCAUUCAGAACUGAUGGAGAUAACAAGAUUCUGAUUGCCACCUCAGUUGCUGAUGGAGGCAUUGUCAUUGCUCAGUGCAAUCUGGUCCUCCUAUAUGAGUAUGUGGGCAAUGUCGCCAAAAUGAUCCAAACCAGAGGCAGAGGAAGAGCAAGAGGGAGCAAGUGUUUCCUUCUGACUAGUAAUGCCGAUGUAAUCGAAAAAGAAAAAAUAAGCAUAUAUGAAGAAAAAAUGAUGAAUGACUCCAUUUUAAGCCUGCAGACGUGAGAUGAAGCAGUAUUUAAAGAAAAAGUUUGCCAGAUACAGAUUCAUGAAAAAUUCAUCAGGGAUAAUCAAGGAAAAGUAAAACCUGUGCUUGAUAAGGAAAAUAAAAAACUGCUCUGCAGAAAGUGCAAAACCUUUGCAUGUUAUACAGCUGAUAUAAGAGUGAUGGAGGAAUGCCAUUUCCCUAUGGUUGGAGUUGCUUUCAGGGAGCAUUUUGUGAGUAAGUUACACCCCAGACCAAAGAGCUUUGGGAGUUUUGAGAAGAGAGCAAAGAUCUUCUGUGCCAGGGAGGACUGCAGCUAUGACGGGGGAAUCCAUGUGAAGUAUAAGGUAUUUGAGAUUCCAGUUAUAAAGACUGAAAGUUUUGUGGUGGAAGAUGUUGCAACUGGAGCUCAGACACUGUAUGCAAAGUGGAAGGACUUUCAUUUUGAGAAGAUCCCAUUUGACGCUGCAGAAAUGUCCACUUGAGCUCAGGACCUCAGUCUGCAGGGAAUGGGUGACCUUGAGUGAGGAAGAAAUUAGACCAGUGGGUGAAUCACAGAUCACUUGUACCACUGUCAGGAUAUUUUCCCUAAGGCUUGUACUGUACUGAGUAUAUAUCACUUAACUUCUGUUGUUUUCAGCAGUUUGUACUGUAUCACUUACAUAAAACACGAGUGAAUGAAUCACAGCACUCAGUGAAUCACUUUGUAGGUCAGUAGAGCUUGGGAAAAAUGAAAAAGGCUUAACUUAUUGCCAUUCUUCCCUUCAGAACCCACUGCCAGUGUGCACCGCUAGCCACUCAGUACACAUUGAGAUAAAUGAAUGAGUGAAUGGAAUGUUGAAAGGUUUUCCAUACUUCCCUUUCUUUCCUUAACCUACUGUAAACUGGCUUUUGCCCUUAAUAAUCUACUGAAAUUGUUUUUGUCAAGGUCACCAGCGACUCUGGUGGCCCAAUCCACUGGGCACGUCUUAGUCCUUCCCUCUGUUUGACCUCUUUGCUGCUUUUGGCCCUGUUGAAUACUCCUUUCUUGGAACUCCCUCUUGGCCACUAGCGCUUCUAACUCUACUCCAGUCUUUUCUAUUGGCUCCUUUUUGCUGAUCCUUUACACGUUGGUAAUUCCAAAGGUUCAAUAUAUAUACACAUACAGGCAUAAUAGUCACAUACACUUGUGUUCUCUAUGUGUGGCAUCUGAUCUUAAAAUUCUACCGUGGACAAUUUUUAGUCAUGGGGGCAUUUAAAUAAUACAGUACUCAUUGAGAAGUUGAUUUCUGUUCUUUUGGUUUACUCUACAUCUUGACCGAUUAAUUUGUUUUCUUAACCUGUGCCAUUGUUCCCUUCGAAUGGUCAUUUCAAGCCAUUUUCCAGUAAUAGUUGAUGGUCAACAUUCGGACUCUGUUCUCAGGUAGGUCCCUUGGAUGAUACUGAAGAGGCAGUUUAAUUUGGCUGUCCUUUCUACUUAAAAACUUAGAAUACAUAUCCGAAUGGCAUUCCUGUGUCACUUAACAAGGCUGAUGCUCCAGAGCUUAGUUUGGGGUUUUCCAGACACGGGGACAACUACCUGAGUUUUACUGUCUCCAUCCAGGCCAAGGUAUUUUAUGUUCCGCUCAGGAUAGCCUCUGUAGUAAUUUAAGCAUCUUCUUAAAACAGAUUCAGAUUAGUUGUUUGUAAUUCACUAGGACCAUCAAUGGCUUUAACAAACCUCCAAAACAUCAUAAAAUGUUAAUAUGCUCAGCAUAAGGGGUCGCAUAACUCUAUUCAGAUAGCACUUAUAUCUGAAGGCUUACUGGUGUCCAGGAGGCCACCCAGACCCCCAGAUCAGUCCUGGAGAUCAGUGGGGUGACCUGCUGCAGCCACUUCUUCCUCCUUUUGAUCUGAUGAGAGUCAGAGAACUUGCCAGUUACAUAACUUCUCCUAGGCUUAAUUUUCUUCAUCUGUGAAACAAGGAUAACACAUACCUGUAAGAGUUAGUAGAGAGUUUUUAACUGAAAUAACAUAAAGUACUUGAUAUACAUAGUAGUUGUUUGAUAAUGGUUAUUAAUAGUAUUCUUAGUAAGACACAAUAAAAUGGGUUAUUUAAGCCAACUUGCUUGCUAAUUUUUAUUCAUUUUCCAUUUAUAUUUUAUUAGAGUAUUAACGUUCUGGUCACCAGUUUUAAUAUGGGCUUUGUUCCCACACCACCAAGCAAUUCACCAACGGGGUGUCCUACCAUUCAAUUCAAUUCUGCCACUAUCUGCCUGGAGAUGGCGUCAGAUCCCUACAAGUUAAGGGCUCAGUCCUACAAAACUGCCCCACCUCUUCCCUACUUCAGAAGCCAAAUUGUUAUUACCUGUGCCUCUGACCAAUUGAAUACAGAUGAGAGGUUACAGCAACCUCCUCUGUGGGCUUAAUUUGCUAGAGAGGCUCACAGAACUCAGAGAAACCUUUUACUUACUAGAUCAUCGGUUUAUUAUAAAAGGAAGUAACUCAGGAGCAGCCAGAUGAAAGAGAUGCAUAGGGUAAGGUUUGGGGAAGGGGCUCAGAGUUUCUGUGUCUUCUCUGAAUCUCUACGUGUUCACAAACCUGGAAGCUCUUUGAACCUUGUCCUUUGGGUUUAAUGGAGGUUUCAUUACGUAAGCAUGAUGGAUUAAAUCAUUGGCCAUUGGUAAUUUAUUCAACCUCCAGCCCCUCUCCCCUCCCCUGAGGUCAGGGGAUGGGACUGAAAGGUCUAACCCUGUAAUCACGUGGUUGUUUUUCCGGUAACCAGCCCCCAUCCUUAGGGGUGGUCCAAGAGUCGCUGGUUAACAUAACAAGAGACACCUUUGUUGCUCUUAUCACGAAAUUCCAAGGGUUUUAGGAGCUCUGUGCCAGAAACUAGGGACAAAGACCAAAUAUAUAUUUCUUAUAAAUCCCAAUCUAACAAGUAUCUCUUUGUAUAUGUGCGUGCCCUUUUUGGACGCUGCUAUUUAAGGACUCCAACAGGAUGUAUACAACAUCCACUGGAAAUCUAUUUGAGAAAAGUUCUUGCAAGUAUCUAAAUAAUUCAAUUUGGAUGAAGGUGAAUAGUACAGCCAACAGAAGAAUGCAGUCUAAAGCUGAAACAAGAAAAAUAAUUUCCUUGUUUGACUUUAGCCUGGAGUCAAGCCAUUGCAGGCAUAGAGCAUGGAACAGAGUAGGCAUUUGGUUAAUAUUUAUUGAAUGAAAGAAACCAGUAGGUAGGGUUUUAAGAAUUGCGCACUCUUAACUGAUGUCCAAAUGCUGGUCGUUGGAUUUCUAGGUCAAAGGCUACAUUUCAGAACCAACUGGGGAGUCUUUUUCAUGGCACAUGCCCAGCCCCCUUAGAACAUCCUGCCAGGGUGUGUCUAGCCACGUGUACGUUUUGAAGUUCCUCAGGUGG